GUGCUGCUGCCUCGCAAAGGAGGCCGAUGAGUUUUUCUGCUUUACCGUUUGUUUCCCCGACCCUGUGCUCGUGGAGUUCGUAAAUUUGGACCCAGCGAGUCCGUGCUUGCGUGCGUGCGUGUGUGAUUGUUUGAGUAUUGCAUCGCUUGUCGAUGGUGGCCAAGCCGAAGAAGAACCUUCUCUCCCGAAAAUGUGGAGAGGGUCCCCCGAUCGCUCCGGAAGGCUGGAAGUGGAGAGCUGGUCUGAGGAAGCAAGAUAUGUAUUUUACAGCUCCUGAUGGCUCGAGUUUCCGGUCCAAACGACCGCUGAAUGAGUACUUGAGGACUCUGACCAAUCCUCCUGCUCCUGCAGACUUCUGUUGGUCCGUCACUCCCGAAGUCCUCGAUCAUCCUGCUAUGCAAUCUUACAAAGCUGCAACAGCACCUAAGAGGACUGCCAAGUUCAAGAAGCAGGCAAAAGCUUCGACUAAACCUGGGGUAGAGCCCGCUGCCAAAAAACCCAGAAAGUGAUCGGUUGGCAUCUCCGGGACACGGGGUUCGAUCAAGCAUGGAUCAGGACUCUACAAGAAAGUGUCUCCUCAUGUAUGCUGUCAGACUUACUAAUUUAUCUUCUUGUAUUCGAUAUUCUCAUAUUUGACUGUAAUUGUGCACGAGAAAAUGCACAACCUAUAUAUUGGAGGUUCAUCUUGACAAACAGAGCGUCCUCCUUUGAGCUUUUUGUACAGACUUGUGGCUUAGUUCGAAGAAUAAUGUAUUCGAAUCUGACGAACAGAAUCUCUUUCUGUUCGUCAGAUUUGUUCACAAUUUGGGGUGAACACCAUCUUUCUUCGUCGUCGGGGUUUCGAGGACCGGAGGUUUCGAGGACCGUUUCACACUGGAAUGCGAACAUUGUUGAAUUGUUUCUCCGUUUGGUCAACUCUCAACUCUUAGAAACACUUUUUCUCCACCGUGUAGCACGUCCACCUCUGCUAGUGAAUCAUAGGGCUAGACUCAGAAUAUGUCUUGCAUGACUGGAUGAAAUUUUCUUUCUCUUUAUCAAGUGGAAUGUUUAAGAGAAUUCCUACCUUAUCUCCCGUUAUUAAUUUCAGCACAUUUUCUCCGCAUUCAAUUGUUUU